AUAUAAACCCACCUCUCUCCUCUCUAAAACCCUCUUUACUGAUUCAUACUCCCUCCUUAUUACGGAGUACCUUUUCUCACGACCGAAAGUCCCUUUCACUUCUCUCUCUCCAAUUCACAACAAUGGCGAUCCUCUCAGAUUACGAAGAAGAAGAACAGCCACAACAAAAGCCACAACCACCACAGAAGAAGCCAACUCCGAAGCCGUACUCUGCAACACUCGACCCGUCGAAUCCGUUAGGGUUUCUUCAAUCGGCCAUUGAUUUCCUUUCCAAGGAGACGGAUUUCUUCGUCAGUGAUUCAUCUGAGAAAGCGGCGGCUGGUUUGAUCAAGAAGGCGAGGGAGAAUAAGCUCAAGGAGGAAGCCGAGAAGAAGAAGAAGCUUGCUGAUGAAGCUGCUUCUGCUGCGGCUGCCUCUUCCUCGGUUUCGGAGAAGAAGAAGGAAGCGACUCCUGUGGAUGCGGACAAGGAUGAUGAGAAGAAAUCUAAGUACAUAGUACCAAACAAGGGGAAUGGUCAAGAUUUUGAGAACUAUUCGUGGGUACAGUCCUUGCCAGAAGUUACUGUUAAUGUACCUGUUCCAUCUGGAACAAAGUCUAGGGAGAUUGUUUGUGAGGUUAAGAAGAACCAUUUGAAAGUUGGACUCAAGGGUCAGCCUCCUAUUAUUGAUGGUGAUCUUUGCAAGUCUGUGAAGCCAGAUGACUGUUUUUGGAGUUUGGAGGAUCAGAAGUCUAUCUCCAUUUUACUAACAAAGCAUGACCAAAUGGAAUGGUGGAGAUCUCUGGUCAAAGGGGAGCCUGAAAUUGACACACAGAAAGUUGAACCUGAAAGCAGCAAGCUCUCCGACUUGGAUUCUGAAACAAGGUCAACUGUGGAGAAGAUGAUGUUUGACCAAAGGCAGAAACAAAUGGGAUUGCCAACAAGUGAUGACAUGCAGAAGCAAGAGCUGAUGAAGAAGUUUAUGUCUGAGCACCCAGAAAUGGACUUCUCAGGCGCAAAGUUCAGCUAGAUGGUGAAUUGAUGGUGGAACGUGAAUCAAUUUUUGGCGCAAAGUUGAGCAGGGUAAUAGACAUGAAGAGAACCAGCAGUUGGAGCUGAAUUUGGAGCUGAGUGUAGUUUUGUUUUGUUUGUCUGGUGCAGAACUUGUUCAUAAUAGUUUCAUUAUCUAGGGUAAAAUCCUUAAUUGAAAUAUUUUUACAUUUGGUUACUGGAUAGAUACAGUAAAGAAUGGUAUCUGGUUUUUGGUAACAGAAGUACAAUUGCGAAAUGUGACUCUUGCUCUUGUCUUAGGCUUGUGCAAUUAACACCACCUAUGCUGCAAGUUGGAUUUAUUUUGUGA